UAUGCUGGACGCGCGUGGGUGGAUAAGGUGGGUAAUGUAAUGUGUUUUCAAAAAUGUAGAAAGAGUCUGUGAAGGGUGUACGAGUGCUGGCCCCGACAGUGUGAUGACAAAGGAAUAGCCGGUGGUGUUUGACAGAAGCGGUGGUUGCGCGGAAGACUCGGGGGAACGGGAUUUGAAAAAUCGCUCCGACAUAGCCGGUGACAAAUAAAAAUAGCAACAAAGAUGAACACAUUGCCGUGGAUCGCUCUGAGUGUGUGCGUCACGUACGCUUUUAAUCUGGAACCACGAAUACCUGUUAUCAAAAGGGGCCUGGAGGGCUCCUAUUUCGGUUACUCGGUGGCCGAACAUAUAGAGGUCGAGAAUCACUCGUUGUCGAGACCAAUAAGCUGGAUGCUGGUUGGUGCACCUUUGGAUCAAAAUCGACAACCAGGAACAAAGAGAUCAGGGGCAUUAUGGCAAUGUCCGAUGUCAACAUACUCCAGAGAUUGUACUCAAGUUAUUACAGAUGGACGUCUGAUGGGCGAUGGUCUAUUAUACAGACCAUAUGAAUACGAAUCGUACGAUUCAAAUUUGGAAUCCGAUGAUUUAAUACCACCAGGAAAUGAUGAAAUAAAAGAUAACCAGUGGUUAGGAGUGACUGUACGUAGUCAGGGAGUAGGGGGUAAAGUUAUGGUAUGCGCACAUCGUCAUAUCGUGAAGACUGCCGAUUCGCAAUGGGGUCAGGGUCAAUGCUACAUAUUAUCUCAAGACUUGAAAUAUGAUGAUUUAAAGAAGCCGUGUUCUGGAAAGCCUACAAACAAAGCCCAUGAGCAAUUUGGUUAUUGUCAAGCCGGAGUCAGCGGUUUAUUAACCACGGAGGAUCGCGUGGUGAUCGGCACCCCGGGACCGCACACUUGGCGAGGGACCCUGUAUCUAUUCACAGUGUCCGAUGAGUUUCUAACUAGGGACAAUACAGUUUACAACGCGCCAAUGCAAGAUUCCUCGCCCGUAAAUAAAUAUAGCUAUCUCGGGAUGUCUGUGGCUGUUGGAAACUUCUUCGGCAAAGGUUUGGCUUACGCGGCGGGCGCUCCUCGAUCUAACGGCACUGGCCAAGUGGUUUUGUUUACUAGACGCGAUUUCAAGCAGGACAUGGAUAUCGCUCUUAUUCUGGACGGCGAGCAAUUUGCAUCAAGCUAUGGAUACGAAAUCACGUCGGCAGAUAUAAAUGGAGACAAAAUAACUGAUUUGAUCGUAGCAGCGCCGUUUUAUUUCAAUAAAGCAGAAGGUGGAGCUGUUUAUAUUUAUACAUCGCUAGAUAUAUGCAAAAAUAUCAAAGAUAACGAGAAAUGUUUGCCUGUCAAACUCGUCGGUCAUGAAGAAUCGAGAUUUGGAUUCGCAUUGACAAAUUUGGGUGAUUUGAAUAAGGAUGGAUACGAGGAUAUUGCAAUUGGCGCUCCAUAUGAAGGGAAGGGCGCAGUCUAUAUCUAUUUGGGUUCCAAGAAUGGUAUAAUUAAAACACCAUCGCAGAUAAUUCAUGCUGAAGAUAUGCCCUCACCAUUGAAAACAUUCGGUUACUCAUUAAGUGGAGGUAUUGAUAUGGAUCAUAAUGGUUAUUCAGAUCUCUUGAUUGGUGCAUAUGAAAACGAUGCAAUCGUACUUCUUCGUUCGAAGAAAAUCAUCGAUAUCUCCACUUAUAUACGUUAUGCGAAAAAGGGUGGAAUAUAUCAGGAUACAAUAGAACCUAUUGAUCCUAAUCGAAUUGGAUGCUUAGCCGACCCAGAGUCAAAUCAUACAUGUUUUACAUUCGAGGCUUGUUGCAAAACGGAAUCGUUAACGAAGGAGGAAUCUAUGCAAAAUCUAAGAUUAAAUUAUUACAUCGAAGCAGAGACCUAUACCGGGACUAAAAAAUUCUCAAGGGUUUGGUUCGGCGCCAGUGGUAAUGCACGUCCUCAUUACAUUAAUCGAACAGUUACCUUAGAUACCACAAAGUUGGUACAUUGUCAGAAGGAAAUUGUCUAUUUGAAGGAGAAUACACGCGACAUCCAGUCGCCUAUUAAAUUCCGUUUGAAUUAUUCAUUGAUACAAGAAGAACCAGUCAUGCCUCCCGAAGGUGCUCCUUUGCCUGAUAUGAAGAAUUAUCCGAUACUCAAUCAGCAAGAAGCCGCGCGUGUAUUCGAGGCCGUUUUUCAGAAAGACUGUGGAAACAAUGAUAUCUGCGAAAGCGAUUUACAAAUGACAGCUAAACUGAAUUUAUCAGCUUCUUCCAUAAAGCCGGAUUUCUACGAGUUACUUUUGGGCGAGAGAGAAGAAAUAGUGGUAGAAGUUAAUGUGGCAAACAUCGGUGAAUCUGCAUACGAGGCUCAACUAUUUAUUGUUCACUCGCAGAGCUUGAAUUACAUUGCCAGCAAGAGCAAUGAUUCUAUAAUUUGCAAUCUGCAUAAUGCUACUCUGGUAUCAUGCUCUAUCGGCAAUCCAUUUAAGAAGGACAAAACGGUGGACAUACAAGUGAGAUUCGAUCCUAAAGGUCUCGAGGAUAACGAAUCACAAUUAGGUUUCACUAUUUUCACAAACUCCACAUCGAAGGAAGUCAAAGAAAAGCGACCUACUGUAUUACAAGCUACAGUGUUAAAACGUGCCGAGCUAUCAAUUAAAGGGAGUGCAAAAACUCAGUGGGCAUUUUAUGGUGGUCCAGUAGUCGGUGAAUCCGCGAUAAAACAUUUGAAUGAAAUAGGACCGAAAGUGUCACACAUUUACGAAGUAUUCAAUGAAGGUCCAUGGAAAGUUAGUACUGUGGAGGUGCGCAUUUCUUGGCCUUAUGAAGUCGCGAACGACAAAGCGCAUGGCAAAUGGUUGUUAUACAUGGAAGAGAUGCCAACUAUUCAAGCUUUAGCAGAUGGUGAAUGUACACUGCCACCAGGUCAUGUGGUUAAUCCUUUAAAAUUGCAAGAUAGUAUUAAUUUUGAUGAUACCGAUAGCAUUUUGCAAUCUUCAACUCGACCGACAAUCUUGUACAAUCACACUAAUCAUGUAAGAACAACACGAGACACGGAGAAAGUUGUCAAUACGCGAACGAUUAUCGACAAAGAUGGACAUCGACAUCGUGUGGUUUCAAUGAAUUGUAAAGCUGGUACAGCCAAGUGUUUUGACAUUAUAUGUUACAUAUAUAAUUUGCAAAGGAAACAGGAAGCCAUCAUAACUGUUAAAGCAAGACUUUGGAAUUCUACUUUGGUCGAGGAUUAUCCGAAAGUAGAUAUGGUCAAAAUAGGUUCUAAUGCUAGAAUAAUAAUACCUCCGAAUGUUGUGAUACAGCAAGAAAACUUGAAAGAUGAUCAUGCAAUUGCUGAGACAAUCGCUUAUCCAGAUCUGCUGGAUCAGCAAGAAGCUGAACCUGUGCCAGUAUGGAUAUAUAUAGUGGCUGCAGUGGCGGGUAUGUUACUGUUCAUUUUACUUACAUUAAUAUUGAGAAAACUCGGCUUCUUCAAAAGACGGCGACCGGAUCCGACUUUGUCCGGAAAUCUCGAAAAGCACAGGGAUGACAAUCCCGAAAACGAAGCGUUAUUCAAGCAUUAAGACUUACAAAUAAUCGAGGUACGUAAAGUAUUCGUGCAACGAAUUGUCAUAAUUACUUAAAACAAGUACUUAUGCUGAAGAAGAAGACGAAAGUAUAUGCGUUUUGUGCACGCAAUUUGUUUCCGAUUUUAUACUGCCUGAAUUACGGGACGCAUAUUUUAUAUAUACGUGCAGCUAGGUAUGCGAAAAUUGAUAAAAAAUAGAUUGUGAUAUUGUUAUAUUAAAUAUAUUUUAUGCGCGUGACAAUUUUUCUCAAAGACGUUUGGAUAAUUAUAUGUAUGUAUACACAGAGCAUUAUAAAUGUCUUAACAUUUAAGUAGAUACUUUCUUUACAGAAAAGAACACAUUAUGUAUUUAGAUAGAUCAUAAUCAUAAAUUUAAAGAAAAAAACAAAAAGCCAAAUAAGUAAAAAUUAGCAUUUAAUUGUGUAAUAUUUAAAUAUGAAACUAAAUGUCGAAUAAAAGUAUUAUUUUGUUUUGAAUAAAUUAGGAAAACGACAAUUUUUAAAUAUUAUGUCAUGUAUUAGCUUUAAAAGUUACAGAAAAAGGACAAAAUUGUCUUAAACAGACAUGAUUGGAUCAAAAAGUGCCUAUUCAGUGACUGUUAAAGCAUUUGUAAUGUCUAAUAGUGUAUAAUAUAAAAAAAAAGAAAUAGCUGAUUAUCGAACAAGGAUUAGCAGUUAUUAGUUUCUCAUACAUAUUUUACUCGUGCCAUUACAUAUGAGCAUUGACAUAAUGGAGAUGAAUCAUAUUCAUAUAAUAGAAAUCAUUUUUUACUGUUACAUUAUUUUAAAAUAGAAAAGAUGAAUAAGAAAAAACAAAAAAGAAAGGAAUAUAUAAUCUUAAAAUGAGGGAGAUUAAUAUACAACACAGUAUAUACAAAAAUAGUUUUCUAUUUAUAUUAUUUUUAAAGAAUAAUAUUUUGCAAUACAAGAAAUCCAUAAAUUAUUGAAACCACAAUAUGUAAAACAUAAUUCAUAUGUUCCAAUCCAAUAUGUUAAUAUAAAUGGCAUUAAUAUUCUAUCAUUUUGUAAUAGAAUUAUUUUUCAUUAUUUUUUUAUAAUUUCUAUUUUAAAAAAUAUCCAUCCCAUAAAUAAGGUUUAUGCAUUAUGUAAUUGAUAUCCAAUACAACUUAAGUUUUAUGACACAUUUCACCACAAAAGAUGUGCAAAGAUAUAUUUAAAGAAAAUAGGAGCAAUUAUUAAACAUUAUUAAAAAUAUAUAAAAAAGCUUGCUCCUAGAGCUAUAUGGAAAUUUAAAUUACACACACACACACACACAUAUAUAUAUAAUUAAUAUUUAUAACAAAAAUUGACCUAGCUGUAUUUUCGGCUGGAUAAAAAAUAUUUAUAAACAUUUGUUGCUUACAUAUGAUGUAAUCAUAUGAAUUAUUUUCAGUUGUAACAUAAACGUGUUACCAUAUAUAUUUUUUUUUAAAUUAAUAUUUUUAUUUGUUAUAAUAUCUGGAAAAAAACCAUUCUCUGCAUAUAAUAUAAAAAUUUCGAUAUUAUAACAUGUUAAAGUGAGAAAGAGAGAAAAAUUGUAAACAAAUAAUGUGGAUUGUAUAAUGGAUUGUAUAAUCUGCAAAUUUUUUUCAAAGAUUGAUGAUGUUAUGAUCUUUCUGCCAAUAUUUGUUACUGCCCUAUAAGAGAAGGAAACAUUUUUAUAUAUAUAUAUAUAUAUAUAUAUAUAUAUAUAUAUAUAUAUAUAUAUAUUUAAUUAUAAUAUUAAAAUUUUUAUAUUGCAGUAAUAUUCUUAUUAUUUGUAGAAUUUUUGUAGUAAUAUUAAGAUCAAGAUAAAUUUUAUAUUUAUCAUUUUAGCGAAUAUGGAAUCAACAUAUCUAAAUGCGCAUUUUAUUAUUACAAUUAUGAAAUAAAAUUUUAUUAUAUUCUUUAA